AUCAACACAACCUCAUCUAGUAAAAAAAUAUACAUUUAUUCAUGAUACAAUUCCGCGUGAAGAAAUAGGUUAAGAUAAUAACACUGAAUUGACCGAUACAAUGUUGGUAAAAUUUUCUGAAAUUUUUAUUUCACUGUUGAUUAUUAACACUAGUGAGGGAAUUCGACGGAACAUAACUGGUUAUUCGUUCACUAAAAACAAAUAUAGUGACUCGCAUGUUAUCUUGGCCUAUAACAAUGUUGGUCCAUUGAUGUGCAUAAGUGACUGUAUGCUGUACAAGGAAUGCAACGCAGUAAAUUUCAACAGACAUAAAUUAGAAUGCGAAUUGCUGGCGGUUUCCUAUCCGGGUGACACAAGUGUGCAUAUGGACGGCGCCUAUUAUACAGAGAUAGGUGGUUGGAGAAAGGAUAAAGAUGGAUGCACCCCGAACCCAUGUGAAGUUGGACAAAAAUGCAUCCCGGCUAUGUACAAUCAUGCUAUAUGCCUAGAAUUUGAUGCACCUUGCGACGUUAAGCCUUGUCUUAACAAUGGUGUAUGCAGAAACAAAGUUAACGAUUACAAAUGUAUUUGUCCAGAUGGUUACUCUGGCGGUCAUUGUGAAAAUACUCCAUGCACCAAUGUGAACUGUAACUAUCAUGGAUCAUGUAAAAUUGAUAGAUCUACUUGGCGUUGCCAGUGCCACACCGGUUAUACUGGAACUAACUGUGAACGUGACCCAUGUUAUGGAGUUUCUUCGUGUAACAAUGGCUAUUGUGUUGUGCAGGGAUCCACAUAUAUAUGUCAAUGUUAUUUUUGCUGGGAUAACAAUAAUUGGCAAUCGUUAUGCACCUACUAUACGUGUUGAUAGGAUGUUGGCAUACCACGUAACUUUUCUGGAGAUCAAUGGACCAAUCUGAAUUUGUUUUUGAUCAUUGUUACGUUUCUGUUUUGAACAAUUUGAUUAGUUUAGACGUCCUUAACGACGCACUGAGAAUGCACAACCUAAUUUACGAGGAUGGAACAUACAUUUCUAAAUUGGUCCAUGCCAGAUAAAGCAGACAACAGAAAUGAAAAUAAAUAACUGAUGUUUUUUGAACAUUUUUAUUAUUUAUAUUUACUUUUAUUAUAUUGUUAUUAAAUUGUCAUAGCUAUGUAUUUUGUAAUACUUUAUAAUAGUAACAACAUAUAUAUUUUCCGCAAGUUUAUUGUUUUCUGUUUGGUAUUAAAUUAAUAAUUAAGAUCCAUUUUGUUACAUCUUGUGAUACGUUUAUUUGGCAAUCGCCAUGGCAGUCAAGCAUGGUUUAAGAACAUCAGUUGUUCGACCUGUUAGUUAAAUGCGUUUUGUUAAAAUACAAAAAAUGUAUACUUUUUCACUUUUUUGGUCUUUUGGAAAAUGUUGUUUGUGCUGUAUUUAGACCCCUCUAUCAAGAAAUUUGUUUUGCAUGCACACGAAUAAAAAAUGAGGUUUUUAUCCAACGCAAUCAUAGGUUUGAACGUUGUUUUCAAUUUAGACUUGUUUAUAUUUUUUCGUUUGGGCUUGUAUUAUAUUUUCCUUCGGGUUUAUAUGAUCUGUUCAUCCUAUUUGGACUCUUCAAAAUUCAAGAGUCUAUCCUAAAUUGAGGUAAAUUAUAUGGCCUUCCAAAUACUGUUUAGAUUCCUAACAUCACUGAAGAGACAUUAAUUGUCGAAAUCCGGAUAUGGUGUACAAAUUUUUGCACCUCGUGUUUGCGGUAUACCAUCUUUUCCGUAAGUUUAUUGUUUUCUAUUUGGUAUUAAAUUAAUAAUUAAGAUCCAUUUUGUUACAUCUUGUGAUACGUUUAUUUGGCAAUCGCCAUGGCAGUCAGCAGGGUUUAAGAACAUCAGUUGUUUGACCUGUUAGUCAUAUGCGUUUUGUUUAAAUAUACUUUUUCACUUUUUUGGUCUUUGGGAAAAUGUUGUUUGCGCUGUAUUUAGACCCCUCUACCAAGAAAUUUGUUUUGCAUGCACACGUAUAAAAAUUGCGGUUUUUACAUCGCGAUGACCGUGAGGUCAUUUCGAUGUAUUGCUAUCGCCUAAAUUUCCAUUAUGCAAAUUAGUUUUGGGUUUUCAACCGAUCUAUAAAAAUUAUAGAUCCGCGGUCAUUAUCUAGUGCAAAAUAACAUUACUUAUCGCUUGUUUCAAAUUCAUUUUUUCAAUGGAUACUCCUAUAAAUAUUUUUAUUAAAACACAAAUUAAUAAUA